GAGUUCCCAUUCGUUUAUCGAAGUGUUCACUAAAGCAUUACACAACAACAAUUCAACAAACGUGAGCUUUCAACUCUGUAUCUAAGCGCUGCAGAAGAUGCACAUUGCAUCAAAAUUUAAGUUUAUUCAAUCGCAUGUAUAUAUAAACUCAUAUUAAUAUUGAUUAAUAAAUAGCGAGAUGUCAUGGCGUCGCAUCACCAUGACCAAGGCUGCUGUGAAUCUGCUACAGUAUCGUCUGUUAAUCAGACAAUGGAUGAAAUGAACUUUGAACGUGGCCUUUGGUCAGCAGCUCUUUCAGGGGAGAUAGAUGAGCUAGAAAGGCGACUAGCCCACGGCGCUGACGUAAAUGCAAGAGACAAAUCAGGUUAUACUGCUUUGCACUAUGCUGCAAGAAGUGGCCACCGUGACGUGUGUUGUCUCCUGUUGAACCAUGGAGCUGAGGUAAAUGCAACUACCACAGCAGGAUCUGCAACUCCUUUGCAUCGUGCAGCAUAUAUGGGCCAUGCAGACAUUGUACAGUUAUUGUUGAGUCAUGGAGCCAACCCACACUUGACAGACUCUGAUGGUAUGACAGCACUGCAUAAGGCAACAGAUAGAGUCACUUUCAGACUGUUGAUAUUCUUGUGAAGGCUGCCCCAGACACAGCUAAAAUGAGUGACAAAAAAGGCAGGAAACCUUUGGAAAUGACCAGCUCUGUAAAGGUCAAGACUAUGCUUAGUUAAUUCAUUGUGCUCACAGCUUCAUUAUUUAGUUUAGUGCCACUGCUAAAUAAGUGUCUGCUUGUGGGAUAUCCAUCAAUUAGCUCUGUACACUUUUUAGAGUGAGCAGUCUUAAGGAUUACAACUAUUAUGGUAUCAUAUCCUAGUACUUGUGGCCAUGGGAGCAGUCCACUGCAAGUAGAUCAGUGUCUUCAAGGUGUGGUAUGAGGAGUAGAAUCUAGCAUUGUUCCUCCAUCACCUUUGGCCUUACCUAAAAUAUCAGGUGCUCAUUGAAAGUGUUGGGGUCUUGAUUGUAUGAUCUUUUGCACCAAAGUCACGGAUGCUACCCAUGUGACCAAAGCACUUAACUCUUUAUCUUUAAGACGUCCGGGCCUACCCAAGUAGGAACUGGUAACCUUGUGAAUGUGGAUCAAGAAGACUAGCUUCACUGUAGAGCUCUGGAUUUCAAAAUGAAGCUCAUUGGAACUUCCUGGGAGAAGAUGACGUAUCUCUUUGUAGACAAAAAACUUUGUAUUCAAAGCUGAAGACCCCUGGUACAUCCUGUAAGAAGCAUGCUGGACAACCAAGACACAAAAGAGAUACAAACUUUAUGUUUACUCAUGUGUAUGUGUGUGUGAGUGAGUGAGUGAGAGAGAGAGAGAGAGUGGGAAUAUUUGCACAUAAAUACAUAUAUGGGUUUUUAUGCAUGAAUGUGUAUUCUGUUUUGGCGUAAGCACAUUUGUUUAAUUAGCAUAAAAGUGGUGGACUAAAAAAAGUGACCACACUCUUUUAUUGACUUUUUUAAGAUGGUUAAAAAAAAAGUCCCAAGACUGCAUGGGUAUUCAUUGUGCUUUGAUAUUUUACUAAAGUACCCAUUAACAU